GAGGCCGUGGCAAUCGCGUCUUCUUGGACAUACUGCAUUUCUCCGCACGUUUCUCCGCGAUUGGGCUUGGCUUCUAUUUCCCGUAUUUGUCUAGGAAGCACAGUAGUCUCGCACGGCUCUCGUGCUCUCCCGCGAAUUCCCGUCUGGGCGCCGUCGGAGAGUUGUUGCCUCCUCCGCUUCCCGGAGUGUCAUGAAUCUCAGUGAUGGUUAGGACUAAGAUGCGACUAAAAUCGGUGCUUCUAGGCUAGUAUUUAUUACCUUAUCAACAAUUGCGACCAUUCCCGGCGAGGGCCUGCAUCGCGCCCGAAGAUGUCAAACUCCAAGUCCGGUGAGCAGUGCAUGUGGACCACCACAGGGAUGGUGGUGACGGCGGCCGUCAUUGAUCCCUCCCGCGAUGCUGGUGUGGUCGUCCCAGGGAAGGCCGGUAACGAGGAGACGUACGUGGUGGCCAAGUACGACUACGUGGCCCAGGGCAGCCAGGAGCUGAGCCUGCGAAAGCACGAGCGCCUGGUGCUGCUGGACGACAGCAAGCACUGGUGGAAGGUGCAGAACGCGCAGCGCCAGGCCGGCUUCGUGCCGUCCAACUACGUGAAGCGCGAGAAACCGUCGCUCUUCGACAGCAUCCGGCGCCGGGUGCGCAAGCGCAGCGAGGCCAAGCUGUCGCCGGCCUCGUCGCCCGUGGCCGCAGACGAGCCGGGCGGCGGCGGCGGGGGCCCGGCCGAGGCCUGCGGCACGGCGCUGGUCCGUUACAACUAUGAGGCCAAGCAGGCCGACGAGAUCUCGCUCGUUAAAGGCGGUCGCGUUCUCGUCAUGGAGAAGUCCAGCGACGGCUGGUGGAAGGGCGAGCACUGCGGCCGCCUAGGAUGGUUCCCGUCCAACUACGUCCAGGUGAAGCGUCCAGCCCAGACUGAGGCGGCCACACCAACCGAUGGACCUGUGGUGCUGGAGACGGUGGUGGCGCUGUACAGCUUUGCCUCGCAAAAUGAGGAAGAGCUCAGUUUUACCAAGGGCGAGCAGCUCGAGGUGAUAGAGAAGCCAGAGAAUGAUCCUGAUUGGUGGAAAGCACGCAACCAGUCAGGUGACACUGGCCUGGUGCCCAAAAACUAUGUGCAGGUGGUGGUGGCUCCAACGUCGGCGUCAACAACACCCAAGCCUUCAACACCUGUGCCGCAGCCAGCCAUAGCCCCACGGCCUGAGCUGCAUGCCAAAGAGUGGUACUUUGGCAGCAUCUCUCGCUCCCAGUGCGACCAGGUGCUCAAUGACCAUGCGGUAGAUGGGGACUUCCUCAUACGCGACAGCGAGACAAACGUUGGCGAUCUCUCUGUGUCCCUGAAGGCACCGCAACGCAACAAGCACUUCCGUGUGCACGUGGAGGAUGGUGUGUAUUGCAUCGGUCAGCGGAGGUUCUCCAAUUUGGACGAUCUUGUGGAGCACUACAAACGAGCACCUAUCUACACCAGCCCCAAGGGGGACAAGAUGUAUCUGGUGCGGCCCUUUCGCAAACCCUGACCCCGGUGGCUGACGCUGCCAAUCUUUUCUACGAGGCCAAUUAUGGCCCCAGUUUGUACGCGUCUCUCCUACUUACUAGUCAGUGCCGUCGUGCUUGUCCGCCAUUGUAAGGUCUCUUAGGCCUGGCCCACUCAGGCUGUGCUGCGCUCGACGUCUUGAGGAGUUGCACGCUGCUGGUAAGGUGAAGAAGCUUGCACCUUUGCUGUUAAGUGCAGGGAGAGGCAGAGGCUAGCCAUGCACGGCUGGCAGAUCUAGAAUUGCAGAAUAGGUUGCAGCAUAGGCAUAUCGAAGAAUGGGUUGCUGCACUGCUGUGUCCCAGGCGCUGCAGCAAGGCCUGGACUGACUGCAGGAGCUACGAGCAGUGUAAUGUCAUCGCACUGCUCCUGUGUAGUGCAGACGCUGCUUCUUAACAUGGUAUUUCACAGAUCUAAGACCAGUACAGGUUGUACAAGCAGAUUGGGAAGUAGAUUUCUGAACUGCUUUAGUUGGUCUCGGGCACGGCAAGAAAAAUACCGAGGUCUUGUUAUAAGGCGGACCUGAUCCGGUUGUAGAAGUCCUUACAUGAUUUCAUCCAUUACUCUAUGCUGAACUGCUUUGGCUGGUCUUGGCCACUGCAAGAAAAAAGACAGUCUCUUUCAUCUGCUUUGCUGUAGCUGUUACGUAGGUAACGGCACAUCAGAAGGAGUGUGCAGAGAAGUAAGCAUGCAUGCCACAGCACAGGUACUCCUGAGCAUUGCUACGUGGAUGUACAUUCAUGUGCAAUAUGACCUGCAACACCACUCCUGUGGUAAAAGGGGCUCCAAGAUUGCACAGCAGUGCCGAUAUGCGAAAAAUUGCAGACCUAAACACAGUUCCAGUUACUUGUAUUUAUUAAACCAAUAUUUCGUAUGUCGGAGCUGCCGUACAGUCUUGGAGCCCCUUCGACCAUAGGUCCGGUGUUGCAGGUCAUAUUGCACGCCACUGUACUUUACUUCCUUUGGAGCAGGGAGCUGAACAAAUGAAGUACUUGAGCAUGUGACUUUUAGAUGGUUCUUAAAACGUCUCAUAACUCCCAUAGUUCUGAUGCUGGUAUCAAGGUUUCAGAAGUAAGGUAGCAGCACUAUUGUAAAUAUAAAGUGCCCCUCACCAGGUUUGUGCAUUGCAAACAGACACUUGGUGUGUGUAGAGAUCGUGCAGUGAUGAUUGUGCCUGUGAAGUAUUAAGCUCCGACCGCACUUGAGAAGGACAGGGGUAAUUGGAGAUCGCAAGGAGAGGCCUUCGUCCUGCAGUGGACAUAAUUAUAGAUUGAUGAUGAUGAUGACACUUAAGAAAAAACAUGAGCAACGCGCCAGCAGCGGCUAAUAUUCUCACAAAAACAAAUAUUCUGCUAUUUCAAAUAGUGAAUUCUUGAAUCUAACUGAAUAGCAAGCACUAUUUGAUUCAUAUUUGUAAUUUCGAAUAUUGGCACACCCCAUGUCAUAUAAAUCAGCUAAUAAUGUCUUAAUGUGAAUCAAAGGACAACGGGUUUGCAAUUUGCGGAUUCUUGUGAAAUGCAGAACGCGCAGAUCCACCUCUGUAAAUGUGCCAUGCAGCGAGAAAAGAAAGUAGGCCUGAGAGAUAUUGAAAAGAAAAGGAGAGGGAUGUUGCUUGCGGGAUCUGGCGCUCUGGUCGAGUUGACUGGAGAAAGCCUCCAUGCGUAGCUCACACCUUACUAUAUUUUUUUGCUUCUAGUAUAUCAGCUACUACUGAACCUUGCUAUAGAACACUCCCUGGAAGGCCCUUUAGAACUCCUAGUGUAUAACCAAAAUUUUCAAUGCAGCCUGGUGGAGGGGCCCUUUAAGGUCAUGCGAGAAAUGUCAUAUUCCUAGCAUCAUUUCAGGUGUACCCUGAUGACCACCUUUAAACUGGAAAUUACGAGGAAAAAAACUCAAAAGGGGGUGUGUCCCAGGGUGUUCGUUGCUUUCUGAGUGGGCUUCCGCUGCUGGCAACCUCGCACACCAUCAUGUGAUGUGGCAAAUGCAAUGCAGCCUUGGUUUGCUUGAGAGAAAACAGCCUCGCAACACAACAGCAGAACGAAUGUACCAGUAAGCGGGAAUACCUUCGGCAUUCAUGAAAUUUUUUUUUUUAAUUAAUCAGUUUUUUUGUCCGAGCCUGCGUGUGGCCUGCUGAAAAACGAAACAAAUGCAUUGCGUUUCGUGGAUGCCGAACUAACCUUUAUCCCCAUGUUUGGCAGCAGGAUGUUUACGUAUGACUCUCCUACUGAUAAAUGAUGUAGGCUUUGUGUGUUUCUUGAUCCUCCUCCUCCUGUUUCCUGACAAUCGUGCACUCUGAGGAAGAAAUUCCGAGAUCUGUAGACCUCCCUCGAACACUUUUUUUACAUACGCAGGCACUUUGUACCAUGGCAUGUAGGCUUUGUCAAGAACAGUGUGUGAAGGAUUUUAUACGUAUUGCUGCCUCUGGCUUUCUGUCAAAGUUCUGUAUAUUGAAAGACCGUGCAGUCACCAUAGUACUUACCCAAAUAUGUAUAAUGCGAUCACAAAUGAGAAGCCGCACCUGCGUACUGAGAUCCCAUGCAUUAACAAAAAUAAUUUAUCAUAAUGUGACCUAAUGACCAUGCAUACACCAGCCUCAGGCACCAGCUUAGAAAAAGCUGAAACUGGCAUGCACAAAUGCCAGUAGAUGGGUGCAUGUAAGUUGUUCAUUGUCUACAGUCUGUCUUUAGGUGCUCCCAACUGCCUGUGAGCAUCAAUGCCCAAUGUGGGCCCUUGCCCUGCUGCUGCUGUUGCACCACUUUGCCCCUAGUUGUGUGGUCAAGUCUACUUGCGAAGUGUUGCGUAAAGUCUAGGGUUGCUUUAUUUUUCCCGUAGCUUCAAUUCCUGGUAGUUGAGCCUGGUGCUUCACAUAAAAACAAAUGUCAUAUUCCUAGCAUCAUUUCAGGUAUACCCUGAAGACCACUUUUAGACUAGAAAUUACGAGGAAAAAAAUUGUGUGGGAAAAGAAUUUGUGCAAAUGUAGUGUGUUGCACCUGUUGCUUAGUAACAGACCAUUUGCUGCUGUACAUUGAUGGCAGGCAGUGAUUUCCUGCCGUUUUUCUGUGACAAGGAAGUUUCUCAUGCCUGCAUUUGAAGGCAAAAACCACUUUGUAUCUUGCAACAGGAUGCCACAGACCAGAUUUUUUAAGGUGCUUGCUGCUUGUCGACAUUGUGGACACUGAGCGAUGGCAUCAGUUUACAGACUAAAUCUGCAGACCAUCAUAGCUGAAUCUUGCAAAUGCAGCAGACUUGGCAAAUUUGCAAGUUACUGCACUUUAUGUUAACUCACUUUGAGUUGUGCUGAUGACACCCUUAGAAGAGGACACUUAAAACCAUGAAAUCAUCUUAGACAAGUACAUAUCCUUUUAACGCUAUGUAUUCUUUCUUUAUUUCUCAUAUAAAGGUUGAUCGUUUAACGGAAAAAAUCAAGGCCAAGCUUUGUUUUUUGUAUCAUAAGUGCCAAAACCACGGCACCGAUGAUGUUACAUCGUGGACUUUGUGGUGUUUCCUUGUUUGGGUUGCCAAAAAACUGCCAAGUUGCGCCUUUACUUGGUACUUUGAAAUGUACUCAAUCUUUCUUUAUCAACAAAAAAUUCACUAGACAUGAGCAAAGGCUGUCCAAAUCUAUGGACAUCAUGGUGAGCUGGUGUAGAGAUUUCAAGGUGGCAUCGCGACUCUUCCAUCGCUUUCUGCCUUACUGAGCCUCUGUUCUUGGCAAGGCUGGCUUACUCAAUCUUCUGGAAGUGUAACUUUGGUGUUAACCAGUCUAGAUUAAUUGUGCCAGCGUUAGGCCCAAAGUGGUUCUUUCAAGAAGUAAUCCUGGCGCAUGUGUUAGAACAGACCCACUUUAUCAUCUCCAUGCUCAAGGUGUGUGGCCGUGGAUUCUGCUGGUGCCAUGAUGUCGGUAGCCCUUGCUACUGUGCUUGGGUACGACGCUAGCGGUCCUGGGUCAGCUGUUGAGGGUAGCCAUAUUGCAGGCGUUUUCAACAUUUUUUGCUUGUGUUCUGUGUUCUCGGUGUAUAAUCUGCCAUACUCUCUGGGAAUUUUUUUUAAUACCACGAGCAGAAGUUGAAAGAAGAAAAAAAAUGGCUUAUCGAUAGGUGAAGAAAGCACUUGCAAUUGUGGUUGCCUCUAUUUAAUGCUCUAGAGACCUGCCAGGAGCUGUGCAGUAGUGGCAGCAUGGCAAUGUGUCGGUCUGUACCCAGCUUCACGCUCAAUGUUGCAGUGGUUGCAUUACGCGAGCACAGCCGGAGCAGGCCAGUCGGGGAGGUCUGUGUUCCCCUCCCCACUCUUCCCCUCCCAACCCCUCUGCUGCGGCAGCCUGAACAUUCCACGCAAAGGUCCCACAGGCUGUCGGAGGUGCAGUGUGUGCAGCUAGAGGCCUCCCGCUGCCUAUCUCAUCUGCCUGCUCGUCUGUCCAUCACGAGGCAGCAUUCAAGGGCCAGGCAAACACACAAGGCUCUCUUAAAAUGCUCUAACUGCAUUUACGAGGCUGUCUUAAUUUAUUUGACGGAUUGUAUGAUGGGGCUGUGUGACAUGGUAAUGAUGAGCAAAGCAUGUGAAUGAGUAACAUUUAUUUUGCUCUGUGUGACUUGAAAGGGUUUGAUGACUCUGAAUAAAAAGUACAAGCCUCUG